UUAUUAUCUUAGCAAUGAGUAAAGAGAAUAAAGUUACAGUCUGAAGCUUGCCUUCCCCUCUGACUCCUGUGUCUCCUCUCCUGCAGCAUGGUGUGGCUCCCCAGAGUUCCCUGUGUGGCAGCUGUGAUCCUGUUGCUGACAGUGCUGAGCCCUCCAGUGGCUUUGGUCAGAGACUCCAGACCAUGGUUUUUGGAAUACUGUAAAUCUGAGUGUCAUUUCUACAACGGGACGCAGCGCGUGCGGCUUCUGGAAAGAUACUUCUACAACCUGGAGGAGAACCUGCGCUUCGACAGCGACGUGGGCGAGUUCCGCGCGGUGACCGAGCUGGGGCGGCCAGACGCCGAGAACUGGAACAGCCAGCCGGAGUUCCUGGAGCAAAAGCGGGCCGAGGUGGACACGGUGUGCAGACACAACUAUGAGAUCUCGGAUAAAUUCCUUGUGCGGCGGAGAGUUGAGCCUACGGUGACUGUGUACCCCACAAAGACACAGCCCCUGGAACACCACAACCUCCUGGUCUGCUCUGUGAGUGACUUCUACCCUGGCAACAUUGAAGUCAGAUGGUUCCGGAAUGGCAAGGAGGAGAAAACAGGAAUUGUGUCCACGGGCCUGGUCCGAAAUGGAGACUGGACCUUCCAGACACUGGUGAUGCUGGAGACGGUUCCUCAGAGUGGAGAGGUUUACACCUGCCAGGUGGAGCAUCCCAGCCUGACCGACCCUGUCACGGUCGAGUGGAAAGCACAAUCCACAUCUGCACAGAACAAGAUGUUGAGUGGAGUUGGGGGCUUCGUGCUGGGCCUGCUCUUCCUGGGAGCGGGGCUGUUCAUCUACUUCAGGAACCAGAAAGGACAGUCUGGACUUCAGCCAACAGGACUCCUGAGCUGAGAUGAAGUAACAAGGCUGAAGGAAGGAAUUCCCCCCGUGUCUCCAUGCCAUGAAAACAUGUCCUGCUUGGCCCACAUCCCUCCAGAGACACUGCUCUUCCAGGACCUGGCUCCUCCUGAUUCUCCACCCUGGAGAUCUGUGCUCCUGAUGGCUGUUUAUCCCUGACCCAGGCCUUGCAGCUCCCAGGACAGAGGCCCCACUCUUCACAUCUCCUGUCCCCUUUUGUCCCUUGCCUUUUGUCUGGCACUUCUGAGCCAGUCUGCUGUCAUAUGCUUUUUUACAUUUUUCUCAAAUAAACAAAUAAUGAAAGUCAUCUGCUUCAUAGAGUUUCAAGCAGAAGAAACAGUAAAAAGAAAGACAGGACCCACUAUAAGACACUGUUCAUGCAUAAUUGUAGAUGCCAGCAGCUACAUGAACUGGGCUCCUGAAAGGAAAGCUGGGGCUGUAUGGGUGGGGGGGGGGUGGCGAGAGAAGAAUGAGACCAAGACAAAGUUUCUGAUGAAGGUCCAAUGUUUACAUUUUGAAUCUGAACCUAAAGCGGCGGGGGACCCAUCCCCUACUAUGCCAGGUUCUCCUGGCUUGUCAGAAUCUCCUCAGGAAAACAAACUCAGCCUCUCAGCAGAUGUGGCAGGACAAUAGAUGUUCCCUACGUCAGAAGACUCCACCCUAUGUGGGCUAGCAGGCUGUGGCAUGAACAAGGUCUAAAUCAGCCUGCUCAAGGCUGGGAGAAGGCACACAUAAUAAGCAUGGGAGUUAUUGUAUAAGAAAUAAAUUCAGUUUUAAUUCA